CUCAUUUCGUCCGCAAGCAUCACGGGUCAAGCGUCAUUAAAUACCGACUUCGUGCUUGACAGAGCUGAGCCAGGAACGUCGAGCGUUUAAAAUUCAGAGAACGCGAUCUCGAUCUUGUGGUGAUCCUCGCGAGUGAUUCGCGAGUACAAGUGCGUUCACGUGUUCAGCAUCGCCGCGAACACCAUCGCGAAUGAUCACUCAUCUUGAUCGUUGUCCAUGUUGUCCACGUCCGUGCGACGAUCAACACGAAUCGGAGUUGGCGUCUCGUAUUUGCCGCCAAAUCACGGCGCAUGAUAAUUCUUGCAAAAACAACUCGCCGAAGGCAGACGUGCACUGCGAAGCGUUGCUGAAGACACCGAGAUGUUUCGCGAUCGACCGUGAUACAAUUCGAAAAAUAAUCGUCAAGAGAAACAAAGUCGAUCAACCUUUAUCACGGAACGGCGGAUAUUCGCAAGAAUUGUAUUUGAUCGAAUUAUCUCUCAAGGAAUAGUACAGGGAACGUACAGAUAUCACACGCAGUACUUAGAAUCUCUCGAGGUAGGAAGCUCUUCUUCUUCACACUGAAGAACACCGGAUGCAUUCACAGGGAAGAUACAAGUACAAGAUUUGAGAUUAGGAAAACGCCAUUGCAAAUUUACGGGCGAGCGCAGAGUCCAGCCCCGCCGACGAACAGCAGCAGAUCAGCGCAGAUCCAACAGGAAAAUUUCGCCCGGACCCAUCAAGCAAUCAGAACGCCGGCCUGACACUCGACAAAAUUUCCUAUCGAACGCGAAGACUCGACAUCUGACUCUUUUGACCAAGAUAGCUUCACUCACACGCGUCGACAUCGUAGAAUGGUAGAGAGUGAACCCGACACAAAGCGCAAUAUCAAGUGUGAUGUAAAAGACGAGCGGCUAAACGGUUGCGGUUCCAAGGAACUCGAACUUGCCCGUAUCGGAUUAAAGGGCAAAACUCUCGAUCCAGAGAAGGGAUCCUAUGUUCAAGCUGACUUCGAGAAGGCCAUUGAAUUAAGCCAAUAUGGCAAGUUUCAUUACUUCCUGCUGGCGGUGUGCGGCUUCGUCAGCACCAGCGAGGAGAUGGACGUGAUUUCCAUGUCCUUCAUCCUGCCGAGUGCGCAAUGUGACCUGAAGCUCGACACCCAGGCGAAGGGAUGGCUCAACUCGAUCAUCUUCAUCGGGAUGAUGGCCGGGGCGUACGCCUGGGGCUCCGUGGCGGACGCUCUCGGUCGUCGGAAGGUCCUGAUUGCCAUCUCGUUCAUGAACGCCUUGUGCAUCGUUGCCUCCAGCUUCAGCCAAACGUAUGAGCUCUUCAUGCUCUUCCGUUUUCUCAACGGCGCGGCGCUAGGAGGCAGCGGACCGGUCAUCUGGUCUUACUUCGCCGAAUUUCAACCAAAGUCCAAGCGCGGCUCCAUGCUGUCCUUCAUGGCGGCGUUCUGGACAUUGGGAAAUCUGUUUGUAGCCGGCCUGGCAUGGUUGAUCAUCCCUCAAGAGAUGGGUUUUACGAGCUCGUCGUUCACUUACAACUCGUGGCGAAUCUUCCUGUUGAUCUGCGCUGUUCCGUCGUUCGUCGUGACGGGGCUGCUCCUGGUCCUGCCUGAAUCUCCCAAAUAUCUUCUCUCCUCUGGAAAGUAUGAGGAGGCACUCGAGAUCUUUCGCAAAAUAUAUAACAUUAACACCGGCAAACCGCGCGAAACUUACACGGUAAAGGAACUGAUUCUCGAUGACUUUCAAGAAUCGAAUCCGAUGAAAACUGAUGUUGAAGAGAAGGGCAAAUGCAAAACUAUGCUGAGCGAUAUCGUGGAGAACAGUAGACAGCUAUUCAUAACGCCCAUCCUUCGCUUCACGAUAAUAUCGAUCGUAAUCAAUUUUACCUUCCAUAUCGGCUACUACGGCUUGAUGAUGUGGUUUCCGGAACUGUUCAACCGUUUCGAUGAAUUCCAUCGCGAUCAUCCUGGCAUGGUGACCUCGAUAUGCCAGGUUACUGAUUACGUCGUUAAUAAGGGCUCGCACAGCGUCGAGAACGUUUGCUCUGAUAAAAUUGGAGCUUCCGUCUUUAUGGAGUCGCUCAUCACGGUGGCGUCCGCCAUACCCGCCAACAUCAUCGCUGUCUUGGGGAUGGACAGACUUGGACGCAAAUUUUUUCUAGUGUUCAGCACGUUUUCAUCAGGACUAUGCUCGGUCGGUUUGUACUUCGUGUACAACAAGUAUCAGAAUUUGAUCGUGUCGGCUAUUUUCAGCGGCGCGAUAAGUUGCGGUAACGCAGCGUUGGACUGUCUCAUCACUGAAGUCUUUCCAACGCAAUUACGUGCAACUGGAAUCGCCAUAUCGAUGGUUGCCGCCCGGCUCGGUGGGAUAAUUGGUAACAUCGUCAUAGCCCAGCUCCUGGAUGUGUAUUGCCCGGCGCCGACCUUCAUAGUGGCCGCUCUCUUGAUUGGAGGGGGCUUGCUGUGCCUAUUUUUACCUAACACGACGCGCGAACCACUUUCUUGACAUCUGCAAAAAUGUAUCCCGAAGCGGAACAACAAUCUGCAAUCAUUUAUAUAUUUUUAUUCGAGUACAAGUGCUGUUGAAUCUUCUAGGAGUCUGAGCCAUUAAGGUCAAAGUAGGAAACUAGAAUCUCUGCUGUUUAUAAUAACCUUAGAAGAAAAAAAAAGAAAAUGCAUUUUAUAUAAUAAAAUAAAACGUAGCGCAGCUUUAGCGAAGCGAGUGACAAAAUGAGACUACGAACGUAACGUAAUAUCUAGUUUGAUAAGGGAUGCAACAGUUACAGAUACUUUAAGAUAUACUGAAUUAGAUAUUGUAUUUUGUAUCUACAUUGAGAUUAAACGCAGAAUUAAUGAGAACGGUUCGCUAAAUUGAACAAUUCGGCGAUAUAUGCCGAACAAAUAUAUCUUUCCUCGAAUUCUCGAUCGCGAGUUCCGAAUCGCAUAAACUUAUUAUUACUUUAUGUUACGACUGACAUCGUCAUAUAUAUAUAUAUAUAUAUAUCUAUCUUGAUGUAUGUAAAUAUAAAAAAAGAAUUGAAAGAUAGUAUGAAAAUAUGAAGUAUCUUAUAUCUUUAUAUGCUACAACUCAACCUAUGGUAGGUACGGUAUAAAGUACAAUCAAACACAUGAUCAUGUUGGUUCUCAGGAUAAGAAACAAAUAAAAUAAAGAGAC